UGAUAGCACCUGGCAGAGCAAACGCUGGGAUUCUGAUCAAGGUUACAGAGGUUGGAGUGCAUUAGCCCCUCUCGGGCCUGGGUUGGAACCAACUCCCUCUCCCCAGGUACUUGGCAAGCGUUUGCUUGCUGUGCUAUUGACUGGGGUAGAGACUGAAGCCCUGGGGGAAUUGGAGGCUCCUGCAUGUGCUCUUGAUGCUGCCAAACAGGCCUUGAGAUUCAGAGCCCAGCAUGGUUUCCAGGCACAUAGUAGGAUGACUUGUACAGACUCCAAGCAACAAAAGCUUUCCUGACACCACAGAAUUGCCCAGAAUCAUCUCUCAGCCCUGAACGUCCAGGCACACAGUAGGGGAGCUCUAGCCAGUCUCCUGUCAUCAGCAUAAUACGUUCAUAUCUACAAUAUGGCAAAUUCAUAUCCUCCCUCACUGAAUUAUUGAUGGACAGUGCACUUUUAAAAAAAUCAAUAGACCAGGGUGUGGAGCUGGAGUUAAAAGAAGCCUUUAGAAGUCUGCUCUUCUUGUUUUCGCUGUUUUGCAUAGGAGCAGAUAAAGCUUUCCUCUCUGGUUUGAAUAAGUCAAGCCCAGGGCUAGGUUGGCUGUGAUUGGCCAGAGCUAGGAGAAUGUGGUUAUGAUGCAAACACAAGCAAAUAUAACCCUGUGUCUAUGCUGUGCGGCCAUUGCUGAAACAGGCUUCAGGACGGGCUGCUUUGGGAGACCUCAUCAGUACUUCACCUGCUGCUUUGCCGGACUUCGGAGGACAGAGGGUCAGGUGACAGGGAGAUGGCCACUUCCUGAAAAUGAGCCACUGUGGGCAGUGGGUCAACAUGGGCGUGACAUUGUCACACUCAGGAAUAUGUGUUGCCUUUCCUGCCACCCCUCCUCCUCGCCCAUAGAGAGAUGGCACAUACUGGCCCAGCACCUACUUCUGGUGACUCACGACCGCCUGUCACUCCAGCUCCACAGAAUUUAACACACCAACAUGCAUGUAUGUUUUAAAGGAAAUGUGUCAUCCCUAUGGCCCAGAGCUCUUGACCAAGUUCCAGGAAGACAGCCACUAUGUCUCUGAGCAGUGCCUUCAGGGCUGUGAGCAACGACCCCCGGAUCAUCACAUGGAGAAUUGAGAAAAUGGAGCUGGCGCUGGUGCCCCUGAGUGCUCACGGCAACUUCUACGAGGGAGACUGCUACAUCGUCCUCUCGACCCGGAGAGUGGGCAGCCUUCUCUCCCAGAACAUCCACUUUUGGAUCGGGAAGGACUCCUCCCAGGACGAGCAGAGCUGCGCGGCCAUCUAUACCACACAGCUGGAUGACUACCUGGGAGGCAGCCCGGUGCAGCACCGUGAGGUCCAGUACCACGAGUCCGACACCUUCCGUGGCUACUUCAAGCAGGGCAUCAUCUAUAAAAAGGGGGGUGUGGCCUCUGGGAUGAAGCACGUGGAGACCAACACCUAUGAUGUGAAGAGGCUGCUACACGUAAAGGGGAAAAGAAACAUCCAAGCCACGGAGGUGAGUCUCACACGUGAGUGUCCUGGGUGCCCGGUGCUCCCGCCCUGGCACCUAAGACUGCCCCGAACCGCUCUGACUGCUCACACGCAGGUGGAAAUGAGCUGGGACAGCUUUAACCGAGGCGAUGUCUUCCUGCUGGACCUUGGGAUGGUCAUCAUCCAGUGGAAUGGCCCGGAGAGCAACAGUGGGGAACGUCUCAAGGCUAUGCUUCUGGCAAAGGACAUUCGGGACAGGGAGCGAGGGGGCCGUGCUGAAAUUGGGGUGAUUGAGGGAGACAAGGAGGCGGCCAGCCCAGGGCUGAUGACAGUCCUCCAGGAUACCCUUGGUCGACGCUCCAUGAUAAAGCCUGCAGUUUCUGAUGAGAUCAUGGACCAACAACAGAAAUCAAGUAUCAUGUUAUAUCAUGUCUCCGACACAGCUGGGCAGCUGUCAGUCACAGAGGUGGCAACAAGGCCCCUGGUCCAGGACCUACUGAACCACGAUGACUGCUACAUCCUGGACCAAAGUGGCACCAAGAUCUACGUGUGGAAAGGCAAAGGAGCCACCAAGGUUGAGAAACAGGCGGCCAUGUCCAAAGCCCUGGAUUUCAUCAAGAUGAAGGGAUACCCCAGCAGCACCAACGUGGAGACCGUCAACGAUGGCGCAGAGUCGGCCAUGUUCAAACAGUUGUUCCAGAAAUGGUCGGUGAAGGACCAGACCACGGGCUUGGGGAAAAUAUUCAGCACUGGUAAAAUCGCUAAAAUCUUCCAGGACAAGUUCGAUGUGUCUCUGCUACACACCAAGCCAGAAGUGGCUGCACAGGAGAGAAUGGUGGACGACGGCAAAGGCCAGGUUGAGGUCUGGAGAAUUGAGAACCUGGAGCUGGUCCCCGUGGAAUACCAGUGGCAUGGCUUCUUCUACGGGGGAGACUGCUAUCUGGUUCUCUACACGUACGAUGUGAACGGGAAACCCCAUUACAUCUUGUACAUCUGGCAGGGCCGCCACGCAUCCCGGGAUGAGCUGGCAGCCUCAGCCUAUCGGGCAGUGGAGGUGGAUCAGCAGUUUGAUGGAGCCCCUGUGCAGGUCCGGGUUAGCAUGGGGAAGGAGCCACGCCACUUCAUGGCCAUCUUCAAAGGAAAGCUGGUUAUCUACGAGGGCGGGACUUCCAGGAAGGGAAACGAGGAGCCGGACCCUCCAGUAAGGCUCUUCCAGAUCCACGGGAACGACAAAUCCAACACCAAAGCAGUGGAGGUCUCGGCCUCUGCUUCCUCGCUCAACUCCAACGACGUCUUUCUGCUGCGGACUCAGGCAGAGCACUACCUGUGGUACGGCAAGGGGUCUAGUGGGGACGAGCGGGCGAUGGCUAAGGAGCUGGUCGACCUUCUCUGUGAUGGCAAUGCGGACACUGUGGCUGAGGGCCAGGAGCCACCUGAGUUCUGGGACCUUCUGGGAGGAAAAACAGCCUACGCUAAUGACAAAAGGCUGCAGCAAGAAACCCUGGACGUCCAGGUCCGGCUCUUUGAGUGUUCCAAUAAGACUGGCCGCUUCCUUGUUACGGAGGUCACGGACUUCACCCAGGAGGACCUGAGCCCAGGUGAUGUGAUGCUUCUGGACACCUGGGACCAGGUGUUCUUGUGGAUAGGAGCGGAGGCCAAUGCCACGGAGAAGAAGGGGGCCCUCUCGACGGCUCAGGAGUACCUGGUCACACAUCCUAGUGGCCGAGACCCCGACACACCGAUUCUGAUCAUCAAACAGGGCUUUGAGCCCCCCACCUUCACAGGCUGGUUCCUGGCAUGGGACCCUCACAUUUGGAGCGAAGGAAAAUCAUAUGAGCAGCUAAAGAACGAGCUGGGAGAUGCAACUGCCAUUGUGCGAAUCACCGCUGACAUGAAGAACGCAACACUUUACCUGAAUCCUAGUGACGGUGAGCCAAAGUACUACCCGGUGGAAGUUCUGCUGAAAGGUCAGAACCAGGAGCUGCCUGAGGAUGUGGACCCCGCCAAAAAGGAGAACUACCUCUCGGAACAAGACUUUGUAUCUGUGUUUGGCAUCACGAGAGGGCAGUUCACUGCUCUGCCUGGCUGGAAACAGCUCCAGCUGAAGAAAGAAAGGGGCCUUUUCUAGAGAAGGCGUGUGUCUGCUGCCCGGCCACAGGAGAGAGCAAACUAGCAGUGCCAACAUCAGCAAAGAGUUCACCUACCAACUGAGCCCGACACGCGGCUGCUUUAGAUACGACCCAUCUCAGGAUGGCUGACUGCCUUUCGAAGUCAUCCUUGCAUUCCUUGUGGCUGUCCAUUAGAUGCUGACAGCUUGCCUUUUGGCUUUGGUGGUUUUUUAGCCGAAGCUGUAGCAGAGAGCGUGAAGGCAGAAAGAGCUAGAAACUAAGCUUAUUUAAUGCAUCAGGACCCACAUCUGCUUCCAACUACACCCUGCAAUCCCCAAAGCACUAGAGUGACCACACACUCCCUGCAGGCCAGGCUCCAAACGCCCAGGUCUACCAUGUGCCACAGCAUGUUCAACUUUACAAAUAAAGAGGCCAUGUGACUAUG